UUUGUCCACUUUGACUCAAAAAAGUCAAACUGGACAAAUUGUUAGCCUAGUAUUUUAUGUGUAUAUGUUUAUUGUGUAUUGGGCUGUGUAUUGCUUGGGCCCGUGACUUGUAUUCUCGGCUUUGUAUAUAAACUCCCGGUGACUAAUGGAAAACCCAGUUUCACGUAAAAUAUUUCUACAUGGUAUCAAAGCUAUCCUAGGGCAAAGUCUCGAAACCCUAUGCUUGUAUGUGUGCCGACCAUGAGUUUUCGCCGUCCGAUUCGGCGGUGUCUGUUAGUCGAUAGUGCGCCGGAGUCUGGAGUCCGUCAGCCCUCCUCCGUCGCUGUCUUGUUCACUGUUCGUCGUCGCUGUCUUCUCGUCGCCGGCUCUUCCGAUCGCCGUCCGCCAGUAUGUCCGGUGAAGUCGUCGCCUCCAACCCUAAAAAGACUCGGCUCAUUCAUGAUCCUUCUUCCAUAUAUUACCUUCACCCCUCCGAAGGCCCGGGAGGAGCGCCAUCGUCAUAUUGUUCGCACUAGGGACGAUCGCAUGGACACCGUUGCUUUCGCUGCCCGAUCCGACAAACGCCCUCUUGUUCCAAACAGGUCUUGUUCGCAUUGUGGUCGCACUAAUCAUACCGUUGAUACAUGUUUUGAGCUCAUCGGUUUUCCAGCACAGUAUGCUCGUGGUGGAGGGCGGGGUCGCGGCAGUGGCCCCACAGGUCGAGGAGGAUCGGCGUCCGGAGGCCGUGGCUCUACUUGGCAUGGCAGCGCCUCUCACACCCCUGCCGGCAGUGGGCAGCCGGCUCAGGGCAGUAGCGGCGGUCCUCCUGAAGCUGUUCAUGCUUCAGUGUCUGACUCGAGUGGCCACCUCAGUGAUCAAAUGUCCCGCUUGAUGUCUAUGUUAGAGGCGUCCGCUUCUCACACAUACACCGGUAAUUCUUCUUCUGAUUGGUUAAUUGAUAGUGGCGCUUCGCAUCACAUGACAGUGGCUCGUGGUUGGCAGAGCAUUGGCAGCGGCGAGUGGAAAAACGCCUCGCCCUGCCUUGAGAGGAGAGCUGCGAUACGCAACGGCAAGGAAGGAGAAAAGCCGCGCGAGCCAAGGGACGAAUCACUCCCUUUGCGAGGCAUCUGCGAGGCAAAAUCGCAGGCAAUUGUCGUCUCCUUUGCGAGGCAUCUGCGAGUCAAUUCCACCGUCUCUGUCUGCUCUCCACCCACGCCUAUGCCUUGCCGCUGUAAGUCAUGGAACUCCACAGUGAAUUUUGAUUGGUUGUUAGAUGCCACAUCAUCCCGUGGCAUUCCAUUUUAGACUUGCUGCUACCAAUGCUCUAAAUACAUGAAUUCCUUUGUUUUAAAUGACCUUACUACGUUUAACCAAAUAGUUGGAGGAUGAAGUACUAACACAUUUUACUAAGUGAGUUUAGUGUUUUCUAAAUAUCCAAAAGUAACUAUUUCAAAGCGAGGUUGUUUUUCAAUGAUUAUGAGUAUUUGAAAAACAUUAGAAUUAGAUGACACUAAAAUCACCAACAUCUAUGUAUAAAUCCAGUGAAGAGAAGAGUAAGAAGAAAAUUGGUUGUUUGAAUCAAGGGAAACAAAAACGAAAGAAAAAGCUAAAUCAAAG